AUGGCUUCCAAGGGCGGCACCCGGGCUGCGGGCACGGACGGUAACGACUUCCAGUACCGUCAGCGCGUCGAUAGCAAGUACCAGAAAGCCGCCGUGGCGCGCAAGUCCAUCAAGAGCGCGCUCUCCGCGCUGGUGGUUUUCCAUCCCUUGAUGGCCGCGUGGGCGGUGCUCCCCUCGACGCUCACCGGCGCUGAGCUGGACGAGUACAACGUCCCGUUCUCGUCGUUAGCGUUCGUGGGGUUCGUCCUCGUCGUCACGACGAUGUCCAUGGUGGGAUCCAACAAGACGAUCCAGCCGGAGAACCUGGAGAGCAUGUGCAAGGCGAUCCUCGUCACCGGAGUGCUCAACCUCACAGCCGGAGUGCUCAUGCGCGUCCAGGUGGACGACGAGAACCUGCUGAUGCGAAGGUUCGCCGACCUCGUCGCGAGGGAGACGGGCGCGAAGGACUCCGCCGCGCUCACCCCCGUCGCGACGGCGAUCGAGCUUGGCCUGCUCGUCGCGGGCUUGCUCCUGGCGCUCGCGGUGAGCAAGCACGGCAAAGCUCUGGCGUCGACGGCGUCCAAGACGCGCUGA